AUCAUCGAGCGAACCCAACGCGUAUUUCGGAUUGUGCGUGUAUGACUAGUGUUUAAAGAUUUUAAUAGGAAUAAAUUUAAUCGCUCUGACCAGUUAUUGUGUUUUGUAAAUCGUGUUUUGGUCAGACUGGUUAGCAGUCAAUACAAACUCUUCCAAAAAAUUGUGUUGUUUUAUUCAUAUUCAUGGACGUAUGAACGGAAUAUUGACGUGCAUAUCGUUGUAUUUUUUUCUUGUAAGAGUUGGAUUAAGGUUGUCAUAGAGAUUCAUCUCAGGAAAAGACAGGCAAUUUAAGUCUUAGCACUUGACAGAAAGUAGCAAUUGUUGAACACUAUCAAGAACAAUCUAUGAUGAUGAAUUCUGAAGGAGAUUAUACUUUGUGUAAUUUGGAUGCCCACUCGUACGGGACUGGGUAUAACGUCAAUGCGACAGAGCAGGGAUCUUUAUACGGUUACUCUAUGAGUAACAGGUCAAUCGACACUGGUCAGCAUGGGUAUUACGCGAACGACGCGGACGCUUUAAGCAUUGGACAUGGACAUACAAACGUAGACUUGGCUUUAGUGAAUGGACACGUUGUUUCUCAUCAUCAGAAUAUUAAUUACAACACAAAUGUGAAUAAUUCCAUGAUGGGUCGGGGAUUAGUGCGAGGUAAUGGAUACCAGGACUUGGAUGGGCAGUUGUCGAACUGUUUGGAUCCCUACACGGGCUUAUCAGCGAUCACCUGUGACAGUCAGGUAACCCACGGCGGCAUACCACCGCACUCUCCGAGUGGCGGGCGACCGAUGUACGGGAGCCCGUGCAUAGAUACAAUGGGACAUUGCUCAAUACCCAACGGGAAUCACACUGGCUACCUCUCGCAAAUGACGCCUCCUUCGCCGGUGAAAUCGGAGUCCCCUUCGCCGCAGAGUUUGGGCGGUAAGCCCUUCCGGUGGAUGCAAAUCAAACGCAAUCCCGGUAAACAAACAACAGCACCCCCUAUCACCAAAGCAACGGACUACGGCUACCCGACAGGUCAUGUCUCUCCCCCGGGGACAGGGACAGGCGCCGGCUCGAACAUGGGUCGCACCAACUUCACCAACAAGCAGCUUACUGAACUGGAAAAGGAGUUUCAUUUCAACAAGUACUUGACCCGCGCGCGCAGAAUUGAGAUCGCCGCCUCGCUCGGAUUAAACGAGACGCAAGUGAAAAUCUGGUUUCAAAAUCGCAGAAUGAAACAGAAGAAGAGAAUGCGAGAGGCCCAGUUUAAUUCUUCCAAUCGGGAAAACUGUCAAAUUGGUCUGGACUCACUGGGUGUUACUUCCAUGGCGUUGUGCCAUGACACAAGAUAGACGCGCGCCACUAAGGGAGAGUGGUUGAAUACAAGCAUAAUGUCUAAAAACAGAAUUCCUUACAUAGUGUGGGAGAAUUUGUAAUUGCGACCUUACGUUUCACAUAAAAAUGCCACAAUACGCAUGCGUAAGCGCGACAUACAGAACUUAACCCGCGGGAGACGUUCUAGUCAUUCGUGUUAUCUCGUGAUUGUUUAAAGUCACGGGCUUUCUAACGAGACAGUGCAAUAGAGUGCUACAGGUCCCUUCUAGUGCUCAGGCGGACGCCGAGCGACCAGCGUACCACUACCGGAUGGACGUUGCUUCGUCCUGCUCUUUGGUCGUACAACCAUAUUAAGUCCCGCUUGUAAAGUCAGUUGUGUAUUCGUUCAUUUUGUCGGAAACACUGUCAUUGCGAAGUCCUUUUUCGUAUUUGUGUAACUGUUUUGUUUCUUUUGUGCAAUCUAAAUGUCACAAAUGUUGUAUGUCUUGUUUAAUUAAUGAAAAAGUAGUGCCACGGUUUGAACAUGAAAUAUUGUCAAUGUUCUAUAGAACCAUAUGAUACAAAAAGCAGCAAGACGUUUACAUGUAAAUAUGUUUUACUGCAAAUAUGUGUUCUUGCAUGAAAUUUAACAUUUGCUAGAGCAAGAUUUUCUAAAUAAAUUUGGGUUUGUUAAAAAUAAAACUGUAUUGCAAAUUGUUUUUCAUUAAUAGUGGGUAUAAGUGGCGGUAGUAAAAGAAUUUAUGAAAGGGGCAGAUCGAUAAUUAACGCGGUAUUUAAUUCCAUAAAUAAAUAAAUAAAAAUAAUGUAUUACAUUGUUGCUUAAACAUAUGGCUAGUUUGAAUCAACGACAUAAAUAUCUUUAUUUUUGAAAUUAUAAAACGGUGUCACCGGGAUACUUUAAACAGGCGUGGGAUAGGCCGUCGUUAUAAUAAAAUCGUUUUGAAUACAAUAUUCAUUAAGUACAUUUUUACGCAUGCAACACAAAAUUCUGAUUGAAAAAAAAAGAAUUUAUGCACCCGUGAAGUAGAAUUCCAUUGGAGGCGUUGAUCGAAACAAUAUACUUUGCUAUUAAAUAUUUUUAUUGAAGACUUUAAUCAUAUAACAUGAUAGGCGAACAAAUAUCAUUAUGAAAACUGGGAAUAUACAUCGUUUAAAUGCUUGUCUCGUUUUAUAGGGAAAUACCGUCGAUAUGCCCCUUUAAUAUUCACAAUGUUAGUUUUAUGUUUUAUUUUUUGUUUCAAGUAAAAUUGUUCACAUGAAUGUACUUUUUACUAACGUGCACAUCACAACACAUCUAGUCACCGCAUAUAAAAAACGUUAAGAAAAUCUUAUCUUUCAAACAGAUUAAUAAUUUUCAUUUAGCACUUGGCAUAAGUAUAUUUAAAACGACGAUACAUCACCUACAUCAGAGAAAACUUCCCUGCAUUUCAAACCCCAUAGUUUAACAUUCUAUAUAGGUGUCAUGCAUUUCAAACUGCAUAGCUUGACAUUCUAUAGCGGUGUCCUACAUUUCAAACCCCAUUGCUUGACAGUCUAUAGCGUUGUCCAGCAUUUCAAACCUCAUAGCAUGACAUUCUAUAGCGGUAUCUUGCAUUUCAAACCGCAUAGCUUGACAUUCUAUAGCGGUAUCAUGCAUUUCAAACCGCAUAGCUUGACAUUCUAUAUUGGUGUCCUGCAUUUCAAACCGCAUAGUUUGACAUUCUAUAGCGACGUCAAUUAUUUCACGCUCUUGAUCGAUGUUGACUCGUUCUUUUGACUAUACAUAUAAUACUUAAUUCCAAAAGUGCAUUGAUUUUGCUUCAAUACAACUUAUAGAUGUUGGUAAUAUGUGCUUGGUUUUGCUAUCCAAUUUUAAUUUGAAAUGUUACUAACUUAUUUGGCCAACACUGUAUGCAGAUAUAGUAAGGUUUUUGCGUGUGGACGUAUGUACCUUAAUGCCUUAGAAAAUAGUUAUUUAUUUAGUUACAGGGACUGUUUGUUGAUUUCAUUUCUGUUUGCAUGUUGGUAGUUGUUAUUGUUGUAAGAACCUGUUGUUUUCAUGAUUUGUUGCACAAUCGAGUAGCGUGUUUUUAAUUAUUCCGAACAAAUUACUCACUGUAACAACUUAAUACUGUUCUGUUUUUAGAAUAAAAUAUAAAAUAUGACACAAUUGGAAUGGCAGUUCUAAUAGACAAUUGACACCUGUAUAGUAAAUAUAUAGAGUUAAAUGAUAUAAUAUACUUUUUUGAUAAAUUCAAAGCUGACAGCUAUGUGUAUACUGUUUUCCCAACUUUAAUUCAUUAAAUAUUAGUUGAGAUUCUGUACAUCGCUUUUAUUAAAUUAACGUAAAUACGUGUUUCUUUUUUUUAAGUUAACGCAAAUAUAUCGAUACAACUAUAAUCAAAUGCCUGAAAUUAUAGAUAACAAUUUGCAAGUAUAUUCGAAACAUGCUAUGGUUAUUUCGCAAGGUUGUUAAUAAGAUCACUGCAUCUAUAUGCUAUGAUGUUUAACACAUGUUUGCCAUUUUCGACCUUAUGUUACGUGUUCAAACCAGUCAUGUUCACGUGCACGUACGUAUUAACCGAAUUAAAUAUUCCAUUUUGUAUCAGCAAACAAUUGUGGUUAAAUUACCAUUUUGCAGUUUAUAAAUUCUUAACGUUGUUUAUUUUAACACUACAAAUAUACGUACGCAUAUGUGAAAAGCAAAAAGCAGCAAGUCAAUACGGAAUUUUUACAUUUUUUAAAUAUUAAACUUCUGCAAACAAAUUAAAGCGAAGGCGGGUAUUUUGUAACCAUACUGUACGAUAAAAGAAGCUUUCUCUGAAAACAAAAAAGUAGUUCUAGUACAUAAUGAAAACGGAAGAUACGAACAUACUUAACAUGUCACCAUGGUAAUGUUCUUUAUUAUUUAUUUGUUAAACGAGCAUAGUUUUAAACUAUGUAUACAUGUAUAUCCAGUAUGAUAUUUGCUCUAAAUAUUUUUAAGAAAUUAGUAAUUGUUUUGCUUGAAUUCAUUAAAGUACUUUUUAUUUAGAAAUAUGUUUCACGUACAGAUCUAUUUCCAAUUGUCGUCACUGUUAAAAUAUCCAUUAAACGACCACUUUACUCGAAGGGAAAAUAUAUUAUUUUGUUUGUAACUGACAUACCAAAAAACGUUCAAAAUAAUUAUCAAAGAGCGCUUAUAAAUGGCGUUGUUGUGUUGUGACGCAUUAUGUUAUACUAUAUUUUUAUUGCUUAUAUGAUGUCAAUUGAAUUCACAUAAUAAACAUUGUUACUUUUA